AGCUGCGAGAGAGCGGCGCGGCGCUGCUGGAGCCGAGGAUCCCCGUGCGCCGGGCUGACGUACGCCAUUCCCGCCGAAGCCGCGCGGUGUUGUUAUCGAGACCGAUGCAAACUUGGGGCGGCGGUGCGAGCAGCGGGGCAAGGCGGACCGGCUAGAGGCAGCGGCGGUGCGACCGUUACCCGCGGCGUUCCUCUCCCCUUUAACCGGGCAAUUUCAAACAAAACACACCCCCCUCCCCCCCCAAAAAAAAAGCCGCUGGAGCUGCGGAGAGUUCGUGUCGAGCCGGAAACCCUUUCUCACUAGGAUUGCAGGUAUUUUCGCUGUAACUUUAAUUCAGAAUGCCAUUAGUGAAGAGGAACAUAGAACCAAGAUACUUGUGCCAUACAGUGCUGCCAGGAAAUAUCCGUAAUGAACUAGAAUGUGUCACUAACGUUUCUCUAGCAAAUGUAAUCCGACAGUUAAGCAGCCUCAGUAAAUAUGCAGAAGAUAUAUUUGGAGAACUCUUCAAUGAGGCUCAUAGCUUCUCCUUCAGGGUUAACUCUUUGCAGGAACGUGUCGACCGCCUAUCUGUUAGUGUCACCCAGCUGGAUCCAAAAGAGGAAGAAUUGUCCCUUCAAGAUAUCACGAUGAGGAAAGCCUUUAGAAGCUCUACAAUUCAAGACCAGCAACUGUUUGACCGUAAAUCAUUACCUAUUCCGUUGCUGGAAACAUACAGUACAUGUGAGAAACCUCCGCCUCUUAACAUCCUUUCUGCAUACAGAGAUGAUGGUAAAGAUGGCUUAAAGUUUUACACGAAUCCCUCAUAUUUCUUUGAUCUGUGGAAAGAGAAGAUGCUUCAGGACACUGAAGAUAAAAGGAAGGAAAGAAAACAAAAGCAGAAACCAAUAGACCGUCCUCGAGAACCUGACAAAAUGCCUAGAGCACCUCAAGACAGGCGAAAAGUAUGGGAAAAACAGGCACCAGGAUUAGAACUUGCCGUUGAUGGAGAUUUUCCACAGAAAAACAGGGAUAAUAUCAAUGGACCACCACUGUACCCUGAACCAAGGAAGGAAAUAUGCAUUGAACAUAAUGAGGACCACCUUGAUCACCUCGUACAGUCGACAGUACCUUUUAGGCAUGUUGCUGAACACCCCAGUGGUAUAAGUGACAAACUCUUUGUUUCAAGACCACAUGAGCCACCCCCACCACCACCGGUGCAGACAGCAGUUGAAAUGAAACCAGUGCUUCCAGCUUUUAGUUCUAAUUCUGAUUUGAUGGACCAUCGACUUAGAUCUCCAGCAACAAGCAAGGCAACAGUUUUUGUGAGCCCUGCUGUUCCACCUCCCCCUCCUCCACUACCCCCGCCACCACCACCUCUUCCUGCCACUCUGCCAGGAGUUUCAGUCAAAGCUGCCAUCAACUCAACUCCUCCACUUGCUCCGCUGGUUUCUCAGCCUGUAGUAUCAAUGCCCCCAGCAACACCUCUUCAGAUUGCCCCUGGAGUGCUUCAUCCAGCAGCUCCUCCUGUGGCUCCCCCAUUAAUAAAGCCUUCCCUUCCAGUUUCUGUAACAGCACCUGUGGUAGAUAUGACAACCUUUCCAGCUCAGACAAAUGAAGGACAAGGGCUUCCACCCCCUCCACCACCCCCACCCCCACCCCCAUCUGGACCACGAUCCUUUUCUCCACUUGGAGGACCUGUACCACCACCACCUGGUCCCCCUCCUCCACCAUCCUUUGGUUCAAGACCUCCUGUUCCCUUGGUCCCACCAUCAUCUCCUUCCCAAGCACAUGCAGGAUCUGACACUAAACGACAUCCAUCUUCCCUGCCAGUGAUAAGUGAUGCCAGGAGUGUUCUACUUGAAGCAAUUCGCAAGGGCAUUCAACUUCGCAAAGUGGAAGAGCAGCGUGAACAGGAGGCAAAACAUGAACAAGUUGGAAAUGAUGUUGCCACCAUUCUGUCCAGGCGUAUUGCAGUGGAGUACAGUGAUUCUGAAGAUGAUUCUGAAUUUGAUGAGGUGGACUGGCUGGAAUAAUUAUUUCUACAGUGUGAAGUUUGGCAUUAACAUUCAUUGUGGUACUCAAUCAAUGGGAAUGUAUCCACAUUUCAUAAUGGGGAGGGUUGGGGGUGGUAGCGGGGUUUGUAUUUGUAACACUGACCUUAACUGACACUUGAUAACAGUUUUCUGGGAGGGAGAGGCACAAAUAAGUUUUGGUUCACCAUGUUUUACUUUUGAUUUAGGCUGGUGUUUGUGUGUUGGUUACAGUUCUGUGGAAAGAGUGUAUUUUCUUUGAAGAAAAGCAAACCACUAAGUAUUAAAAUUGGGACACUGUACAUUGCUACAGGGCCUAUUUUAGGAAUCUUGUGCUUUGUCUGAAAUGCACUGGACUUUGAAAAAAGGGCAGCUCUAAUUUGUACUACUAAAGCACAUUAGAAAUGCUAUUUGUAAGCUAGGUCUUGCACUAUAGUUGUUUUCAGAUGUGAAAAGACAACCUUCCCUUGUAGAAAAUAUUGCCCAAGUUAGUACUCUGUAAACAAACCAUAUGCACUAAUACUCCAUCAUGAGUAAAUGGACUGCCUGUAAUAAAUAGAAGUCUUUCUUACAUUGUUGUGACUUGCCUUACUCUAACAUUAAUAAUUUAAAUACAACUCAUUUUUGGUUGAAUGUACUAUUUUUGCCUGCACAUGUGUUCAUCUGUGAAAACUACUGAUUAGAAGACACUACAUUACCUAUUUAACUGCAAGUGAUACAAAUGCAUUUUCUGGCAUUUACUGU